UCUCUCUCUCUCCCUCUCUCUCUCUCUCUCCCUCUCUCUCUCUCUCUCUCUGUCUUUCGUUCAUUUAUUCAUCGACAUCUUGUUUCUCCUAUUUCACGUUUGCAAUCGAAACUCAUGACUCUCUAGUGUCAUCGGAGAAUCUUGGUGAUCGAUCAAAUUGUCGAAAGAAGGAGAGGAAAAAAGAAAUCGUCGACAUGUAUUUAUCGAUGUUGCUGGCAAGAUCCAGCAGGCUCGGACAAUGCGGAAGGAGAUUUGCCUCGUCGUCGACGGGACUGAGAUUACCGGAUCAAACCGGCAACCGAGUGGAGCUGCGAAGGGAGCUGCAAACUUCCGAAAGACCACGACGUGCGGCGACUUUCAACGAUCGCAGCCAGCUGAAGUAUGCUCGUCGAUUGGUCGUCAAACUCGGAAGCGCGGUGAUCACGAGAGAGGACGAGCACGGUCUGGCCCUUGGUCGUUUAGCCUCCAUCGUCGAGCAAGUGGCCGAGUGCCAGAACGAAGGCCGAGAAUGCAUCAUGGUGACUAGCGGGGCCGUUGCCUUCGGCAAGCAAAAACUCACGCAAGAGCUGCUCAUGUCUUUGUCGAUGCGAGAGACACUUAGUCCGGCAGACCAUACGCGUGAACAUGCCGGAACACUUUUGGAACCUAGAGCGGCAGCGGCCGUGGGCCAGUCCGGGCUUAUGUCUCUCUACGAUGCCAUGUUCGCUCAAUACGGCGUGAAGCUGGCACAGGUGUUGGUAACGAAGCCUGACUUUUACAACGAGGAGACCAGAAAGAACCUGUUUAGCACGUUGAGCGAAUUGAUCAGUCUGAACAUAGUGCCAAUCAUCAAUACCAACGACGCGGUCUCGCCACCGCCUCACGUUGACGAGGAAGUAGCUGGCGGAGGUGGAAGAAGAGGAAUAUCCAUAAAGGACAACGACUCUUUGGCUGCGAUGUUGGCGGCAGAGGUUCAGGCCGAUCUACUCAUUUUGAUGAGCGACGUCGACGGUAUAUACAAUCUUCCCCCGUGGCAAGAUGGCGCCAAGAUGUUGCAUACCUUUAGUUCGGACUUGAGGGGUACGAUAAAGUUUGGACAAAAGUCUAAAGUCGGUACAGGUGGUAUGGAUUCGAAAGUAAACGCUGCCCUAUGGGCUCUGGACCGUGGGGUCUCGGUCGUUAUUUGCAAUGGCACUCAAGAGAAGGCAAUCAAGAGCAUCAUGUCGGGUAGGAAGAUCGGCACGUUCUUCACAGAGACCACCGGCUCCUCGAUGCCCGUCGAGGUCGUCGCCGAGAAUGCACGCGUUGCCAGUAGAACGUUGCAAGCACUCCGACCGGACGAACGAGCUAGCUGCAUCAACGUUCUGGCUGAUUUAUUGGAGACCCGACAGAAAGAGAUCCUAGAGGCAAACGGUAAGGAUCUUGAGGCUGCGAGCAAGACCGGUCUUGCGAAACCUUUGCUCUCGCGAUUAUCCCUUUCCUCCGCUAAAUUGAAAUCUUUGAGCGCGGGUCUACGGCAAAUAGCGGAAGAUUCUUUGGAAAACGUUGGCCGUGUCUUGAGAAGGACCAAAUUGGCCGAAGGAUUGGAACUUAAACAGAUAACCGUGCCGAUCGGCGUCCUUCUCGUUAUAUUCGAAUCGAGACCCGACAGCUUGCCACAGGUAGCAGCACUUGCUAUAUCCAGUGCCAACGGACUCCUCCUGAAGGGCGGAAAAGAAGCUACCAACAGUAACAAGUAUCUGAUGGAAUUGGUGAAGGAAGCGCUCGGUACGGUGGGUGCCUCCAACGCGAUAUCUCUCGUAUCGACGAGAGAGGACGUAAGCGACCUAUUGUCGAUGGAAAAGCACAUCGACCUGAUUAUUCCACGCGGUAGUUCUGAUCUCGUACGUACCAUCCAAGAACAGUCGAAGCAUAUACCGGUACUCGGUCAUGCCGAGGGUAUCUGUCACGUUUACGUCGAUAAACAGGCCGAUCUGGAUAAGGCCCUCAAAAUUGUGAGAGACUCGAAGUGCGAUUAUCCGGCAGCUUGCAACGCCAUGGAAACGUUGCUAAUCCACGAGAGCCACAUGAACGGGUCCUUCUUUACGGACGUUUGUAACAUGCUGCAAAAGGAGGGCGUGAAGAUCUACUCGGGGCCAAAGCUGAGGGAGUUAUUGACGUUCGGACCGCCUGCCGCGAAGAGUAUGAGAACCGAGUACGGUUCCCUCGAGUGUACGAUCGAGGUCGUCUCCGAUAUCGAAGAUGCUAUAACUCAUAUCUACAAGUACGGGAGCGCGCAUACGGACGUCAUCGUUACGGAGAAUAACGAGAGGGCGGUUCACUUUCAAAGAGAGAUCGACAGCGCUUGCGUAUUUCAUAACGCGAGCACCAGAUUCUCCGACGGUUAUAGAUUCGGCCUUGGUGCUGAGGUUGGCAUUUCAACGGCUCGAAUUCACGCACGUGGCCCGGUUGGAGUAGACGGUCUCUUGACAACGAAAUGGAUUUUGCACGGAGACGGACACGCUGCUGCGGACUUUGCCGAAGGCGGCAACAAGAGUUGGUUGCAUCAAUCGUUGCCUUUGAACGAGUAUAAAUGAAUCGAGUACGACGAAGUCUGCGAGGCGAAAGAAAAAUCCGUGGGAAGAAUUUCUAUUAGAGGAAGGCUACGAUAAGGAUUUUUCCGUAGCGACCGUAGGUAACGACGAGUGCUUAAAGUAUAAUCUCUUUCUUUCUCCCCCCCCCCCCCUCCCCCUCCCUACUCCCCACCCUCUCUCUCUCUCUCUCUCUCCUCUGUAUAUAAUGUAAAUAAAAUUAUGGCUAAUUAAGCAAAUUAUUACAAGUGAAAUGAGACGCGAACGAUUGCACACAAAGGGUCAACCGUGGCCAAGUUAGUCAACUAAACUUGACGUUAACUCGACGAUUCCGAGCAGUUAUUUCCCCCAUCCCCCUCCCUGUUGCAAUGAGAAAGUUUGGUCGCAAAAAGUUCAUUAAUAACGCGACGGUAUCGAGGGUUAAAAAUUUUCAGCGAUUUUCGCCGUCUCUAUCACUCGCUCGAGUAGAAAGAAAGUUGCUUCCAUCAACUUCUUCUUCUCUAUUCUUACUCGUUUUUCCUUCGUCGUUAUAUUGCGUCGACUCUGCUCGGUCUUUUAUUCCCUUUUCAAAUAUUCGACAAUUACGCCGCGAAAUAUAUCCAUGUACCUUAUCUUUUGCGUUAAGAAAAACGUUUUGACGAGAGUCAUUCGUUACUCGUUAAAAGUAUCGACUGAUAAUGCAACUGCGAUAUAUUAUGUAAAUAGAUGAUUCGCCUUGAAUAUCUCGAACAGCUUUCACGCGUAUAAGUAAAUAUUUACAUAAAUUGGCUUUUAUCGGGGAUGACGUUAAGACGGUCAUUCAAUGAUGUGCCAUAACGAUGGUACAGGGUCCAAUACGUUGCACUCCUAGAUAUAGUGGUAGAAUACAUUUUCUACGUCGGACGAUAUUAGAGAUCGAGAGUGUUUUUUUUUAUCAAAGUCUAUUCCUUUAUCUCGUGUCGAGUAAAAACGGAAUGUUCCGUCGAGCGUCUAUUAGCAAGAUUUCCUUUUAAGAUAUUUCUUUUAAAAAAGAACACGAUCCACUCGCCGAAUAAAUAUAAUGUCGACGCGACUAAUUGACAAGAGCUGAUGCGCGCGUUAAGACACUUUUAUUACUUACAUAUAUCGACACAAUACAAAUAAUUAUUUCUUUCUUUCUUUCUUUCUUUCUUUCUUUCUUUCUUUCUUUCUUUCUUUCUUUCUUUCUUUCUUUCUUUUGGUUUUUGCCCAGUACUCCAUAGCGGAUGUCUUAGAUAUUUUCGGGUGCCCAUAAUUUAAAUGUUCUGUCGUACGAGCUAGUCGCGAUGAAUUUGUGAUCGGGAGAUACAUCGACGGACAUAACCUUGCCGUCGUGCCCUGGCAAGGUCUUUAACGGUUGCCAGGUCUUAUUAGACCAAAUCUUGGCCGUGUUAUCGUACGAGGACGUAACCAGAUACUGUCCUUCUCCUCUCUGAUAUUUCACGUCCGAUAACAAAUUCGUAUGAGCAGGUAUCGUGUAUAUGCAAGACCUUUUCCGUAAAUCCCAAAUCUUGCAUGUAUUAUCCUCGCUCGCUGUUGCUAUGUGAUAACCAUUCGGUGAAAAAUCGAUGCCCAAGAUAGAUUUUAAAUGCCCUUCCAUGAACAUGAUGCAUCUACCCGUUCGUAAAUCCCAAACUCUACCGAAAGAAUCAUGUCCCCCGGUAGCAUUUACGCUGCCGUCCCACUGAAAGCUGUUACAUAUGAUAGGAUUAUUAUGCGCUCCGUUAUAUCGUAAACAACUCGUACUCGCGAAUACGAGUGAGAUCGAUUAAAUCGAUAGAAGAGAGAGAAAAAACAAAAAAUAAAGAUAAAAAUAAAAGAGAGAGAGAGAGAGAGAGAGAAGAAAAGAAAACAAGUUUUCACUACCUCAUGCAGUGUACGGCUCUGGCAUGACCCUCUUGAUGCAAAACUUCUGCCUGUUGUUCCAAAUCCCAUAAACGCCAGGAGGCAUCGUAACAACAGGUCCCAAGAAAUCUCCCGGAUGGAUGGAAGGCUAUCCUCGAAACUCUAUGAGGUUCGUGCCCUUCGACUUCUGCUAAAGGUUCCUCCCCUUUACCACCGGACCAUAAUUUGACCGUACCUGUAAGAACGAUAAUUCGUAAAAAGCUCGUAAAAAGGUUCCUUCAAAUAUCUACUACCCUACGAGAUCCUAAAGAUUCGUCAAGCGUACCGUCCGAAGCGCAAGAUGCCAAUACGCACGUCUGUCCUGCGCCAUCCCCUAAAACCUCUUCGGAAAGCGAGACAUUUGGAUGAAAAACGAUGCAGCUAACGUUGUAGGUGUGUCCCUGGAGUGUUCGUAAGAGAGUACAGUCCGGUACCGACCAUAAUUUGCAUAAGCCAGACCACGAGGCUGUAGCAAGAAUCUUCGAAUUUGGGCUAAACUGACAAAACGAUAUCGGUCUCGUGUCACCGAUUUGCGAACAAUAUAUAGAUAGAGCUUGUAGCUUCUUCAAAAGUUCUUGUCUACGCGCUGUACGCGUAGCACCUGGCAAUUCAAAAUCUUGUCUUGCUUUUUCCAACCUAACUUUUGCCCUGGCCAAAGAAAAUGCUGUAAACAAACUUAUCAAUGAGCACAUGAGCCUAUGUUUUUUGAAAAGAAAAGGAAAAGGUGUGUGUGUGUGUGUGUGUGUGUGUGUGUAUAUAUAUAUAUAUAUAUAUAUACACACCACGCAGGCGCACGCACACGCACAAAUAAUAACGUCGAAAAGUACAAAUUACUUGCUAUCCAAUAACGAGCUAUUUGUAGAGAUUCCGGUCCUUCGUGAUACCAAGUAGAUUCGGUGUCUCUUUCGACCGUGUGAGCAGGUUUCUCCUCCUCUUCGUGUUUCUUCUUUAUCGCGUCUUCCCCAAGACUAGCCAGUAACUCUCUUAAUCUCGUUCGUCUAUCCGCAGGGCCUUCGCCGAACAAACAUAUGGGCUCGCCCAACUGUCUUAAAUUCUUUUUUACCUCGGAAUCGUCCGUGGAUACGUUGAUCUGUCUAGCUUUCUUUCUACGUUCAAACUCUUCCAACAACGCUUGCCUAUCUUUAGACAUUUCAUCUUCCAAUUCCAUGUAUUCAUUGGAGAUGUGUAUAUUACCGGCCAAGGUGGGUACGUUGACAGCAUCAUUAGAAUUAGCAGCUUCCUUUUCUUCUUCCGAACAUUCCGCCGCUGCGGCAAGACGGGUACGUUCUGCUUCUUCGAGGGAUCCAUAAUGUACAAUUUUUUGUUUCUUCACGUACACCAAAUCUUCGUCGUCCGACAUUACGGAAAACUAUUAACGAACCAAUCGAUUAUACAUUUUUCUCUUUCGAAGAAUUCAAUAGAAAUAGUUAAACGCGCGAUAAACUUUAUAAUUCUAACCUCCAAAAUGAGCAACUCUAUAAAAUAUCUUACCUUAACGCUUAAUAUCUACAGUCUUGACUUUUGAAUUUACUCUUGUAAUUAAUCUUCUUGCAUCUGCGAUAAUAUCCUUUAAAUCCAAAGAUACGCUUUUAUAUUUGCGAUUAAUAUUGAAAUAAUACUUGUGCUCGUAACAUUGGAAUUUUAAACAAGUAUGAAGCCGCCAAGUAAAUACGUCAUGGGCGCAGGCACUGCAGCCAAACACGCAACGAAAUAAUCACUAGCUAAUGAGAAAGAAGGGAUGGCCUCGUAUACCUCGUUUUUUCUAUUUAGAAAUAAUUCUUAUCUCUUAUCGUCUCGAAAAGUAAAACUAGAGAGCUUCUUCAUUAUCCCAUGUCUUUUUAAUGUACCUCCGUGGUUUUUUCCAAUAAUCCCUAUGCUAGUUUGCAAGUAACAAAUUCGUGGAAUUUAUCGUGAUAAUCAUUUUGCGGAACAUUUCACGUCGACAAGAAGAAAGGUAAAAGAGACAAAAAUAGGAACGAUAAAGAAGAAAAUUCGAACGAUUAAGCGGAAAUAAUGGAAUGUUUUAAAGAAUAAUUGAAAAUAUUAAUGACAUAAUUGUAUAACGUUGACGUUGAUGGAAUGGAAUGAAAACGAAGUGCAGCCAAUUGUUAGCUGCAGAUGCAUUACUCGAGUCGCGUUUACAAUUGAAUUUACGAAUACGUCCCAUAUGUAAUAUCGAUUGGCCAGGUCUCAUGGCAUGGAUAUGCUUGUUGCAUAUGGAGAUUCUAUCGAAUGAAGAUGAUUCGUUAAACGAAGUAACGAUAAGUGCGAUUGACACGAGCAAAUAGACCGACAAACUAACUCGUUCGCACGUAACGAGUCGAGUCUAGGUUGUUUACGUUCUCGUCUCUCUCUCUCUCUCCCUCUCUCUCUCUCUCUCUCUCUCUGCCUCCACCGCCCCCUGUGUUUAUGCAUUCUUAUUUAUGUACGUGCGCGUACGAGAAAACUAGUUCUUUCAACAAAGUUCCGUUAUAAUCGUGUAGAUUUUUAGAUCGAUUUAACUAAAACCUAAAGAGGUAAAACAUACGUAUAUUAUAUGCGUAUGCACGUAUGGACGCAUAUAUUUGUAUAACGACGCAAGUAGUUUUUCCGUUGAACACUACGCGAUGUUAGCGUCUUGUGCAUUUCAGCCAAAGUUCGGCCUAGCGAAUCGUCGAUCGACGAGAGGAGAACGUCCGAGGGCUUUACUUCUCUAACUCUCUCGUUAUCGAGAUGAUUU